AGUUGGGUCAUAAAUGAGGACUUUGUUUCAGAAACAAAGUCCUCAUUUUUAGGUUCUAGGAAAAUAAAAGAAACAUCUCACUGCUCGUUAAAGUUGAUUUUCAGUGUCAUUACAUCAAAUUAAACGUAACGUUAUGGAGUCUUAAGUUCAAUAAAUGAUUUUAUUUUAAUAGAAAAAAAUUGGUUUGAAAUGGAAACUAUUUCUUGUUUUUGUACUUCCAUUUGGGUCUCGCCUGUUUCUAGAAACAAUCCACGUGCUUAAAAAAAGAAAACACCCUCCUAUCCGACCUACCAAAAAAAAGGCAACAAGUUAAUGUUUUUUAAUGUGUGGAAAACGAGUCGUUUCAAAACAUCCCUAUUGUUGAGUCACAAUGCGCUGUUGCCUAGCAACCCCAACAAAGCCCAGUCAGUCACCUAGCAACCCAGGUGGAGCGCCAGCAUGUGGGGCUGGUUUGGCAGCGAUAUGUGCUGUACAAUGGCUGCUGGAAAAGACUUCCAGAAACAACUUGCUGUAUUCUUGUUUGUUGUGCAGGAGGCUCUACUUCUGCUUGUCAAUGACAGACGGUUGUGUAAUUGUGCAUCUUUUUGCAGCCAUUUUCAGGUGAGUGUAAACAUUGAGUUGGGAGGCGAGGCCAGCAGCAGUUUUUUUGGAUUUCAAGAGGCUCUAAAACAUCUUAUUCUGAAAGCUCAAGAUAGGCAGAACUGACCAGACUAAAAUUAACUAAGAACCAUUUUGUGUAAAAACGUAAAUAACAUGUUUUCUAUAGAUUAUAGGAAGAAAGAAUUUAAGGUUGGCUUUAAAUUUGUUUUGUCGUUUUUGUAGAAUAUUAAGAGAAGCAGGAUUACUCAGUCUGUAGAAGUGGGCCACAUUCCUUUCUGGGAUGUUUUGGUUUUUUUACUAAAAUCCAAUGCGGCACAUUAUUAGUCGAAUUUUCUGACUUUUCUUCCCCUCAACCCUCCUUUCCUUCAUGAGACAAAGCAGUAAACACAGACUGUAAGCGCGACUCCCCCUGGAUCUCAGCGGCUGGAAACUCCUCCCCGGAUCACAUGUGAGGCGAGGGAAAAGGUUCAGGCUCUGCAAUGUGCCUUCGCUUCAUGACAGCCAGUAGUUUUAUUUCAUAAAGUAGUGAACAGCUUCUGAAUGGAUGUUUGUGCUUCCAGCAGAUAGAUCGGUUCAACCAAGCAGCACGAUGGUGGACUGGGACUAUGACUAUCUGAUCAAGCUGCUGGCGCUCGGCGACUCGGGCGUGGGAAAGACCACCUUCCUCUACAGGUACACGGACGGCAAGUUCAACAGGAAGUUCACGACCACGGUGGGAAUUGACUUCAGAGAAAAGAGAGUGAUUUACACGGGGACAGGUGCUGAUGGGACGAGUGAGAGGAACUUCAGAGUCCACCUCCAGCUUUGGGACACAGCGGGUCAGGAGAGGUUUCGCAGCCUCACAACAGCUUUCUUCCGAGAUGCAAUGGGUUUCCUGUUGAUGUUUGACUUGACCAAUCAGCAAAGUUUUGCUAACGUCAGGAACUGGAUGAGUCAGCUUCAGGCCAACGCGUACUGCGAUAACCCAGAUGUGGUGCUGGUGGGCACUAAGGCAGACAUCAGAGACACGAGGAACGUUAACGCCAAGCUGGCCAGAGAGAUGGCUGACAGAUACGGCGUCCCCUACUUUGAGACGAGUGCUGUGUCGGGAGUGAAUGUGGACGCCGCUGUGCUCACCCUGCUGAACCUGGUGAUGAAGAGGAUGGAGCAGAGCACGUUUGGGGCCCCCGGCUCGGAACCCAACGGCAGCCCCUGCGCCAGCCAUGAGGUGGAGGAGGCCCCCAUCAGGAGGUGGUGCUCCUGUUAAUGUCCCCAGCAGCAGGAGCAGCAGCAGCAACGGUAUAGGAGAAACAGACUUUAAAAAGUGAUGUUUAGACAAAGAUUUAUUGGAAUUUCCCACAUUUCUUUUGGUUUCUCUUGUGUUAAGAACAGAAUAAACUACUUUUGCCAGUUUCUCCUCCUAGUUUGUUUACAACACAAAGACGCAACAAAUACUUAUGAACUUAAAAAAAAAAAAAUUAAAAAACCUCAUCAGUCUUACUUGUGCGGCACAAAGUGAAUUUAUGCAAAUAAACUUAGCGUGGUUAGGAUACGUCUAUAGACAGUAAAUUUUUUUACACAAAAUUAUUCUUAGAUGAUGAGAUUUUGGUCUGUUCAGUUCGGACUAUUUUCAGCUCCUUCCAGAAAAAAACUGUUUUAGGGUCUCUUGUCACUUUUAAUACAAAUAAACUGAGCAAACAGAAUUA